CGGCUCGGGAGCAGCAUGGGGGCGGUGAGGCUGCUGCGGGCACCGGGGCUGCUGCUGGCACCGAAGCCGUUGCGGGCACCGAAGCCGUUGCGGGUGCUGUUCCUCCUGGUGCUGGGGCUCUCGCUGCUGCUGGUCGUGACCGGAGACUUCUGCGACGUGAACCACUGUCAGAAUGGGGGCACCUGCCUGACUGGGAUUAAUGAGACCCCUUUCUUCUGCAUCUGCCCUGAGGGCUACGUUGGGAUUGACUGCAAUGAGACAGAGAAAGGCCCCUGCCAUCCCAAUCCUUGCCACAACAAUGGCGAGUGCCAGCUCGUCCCGAACCGUGGGGAUGUCUUCACUGACUACAUCUGCAAAUGCCCUGCGGGGUACGAUGGGGUGCACUGCCAGAACAAACUGGCUCCUGGGUCUCCUCCUGAGCUCCCCAACUCUGUCCUAGACAAGAACGAGUGCUCCUCCCAGCCUUGCAAAAACGGAGGCACCUGCCUGGACCUGGAUGGGGACUACGCCUGCAAGUGUCCGUCCCCGUUCCUGGGGAGGAGCUGCCACGUCCGCUGUGCUGUUCUCCUGGGCAUGGAAGGAGGAGCCAUCUCGGAUGCUCAGCUCUCAGCAUCCUCUGUCUACUACGGCUUCCUUGGCCUCCAGCGCUGGGGGCCAGAGCUCGCCCGCCUCAACAACCACGGCAUUGUCAAUGCCUGGACCUCCAGCGACUAUGACAAGAGCCCCUGGAUCCAGGCCAACCUGCUGCGGAAGAUGCGGCUCAGUGGGAUCAUCACACAAGGUGCUCGCCGUGUGGGCCAGCAGGAGUUUGUCCGUGCCUACAAAGUCGCCUACAGCUUGGAUGGGAGGGAAUUCACCUUCUGCAAGGACGAGAAGCAGGACACAGACAAGGUCUUCCAGGGGAACGCGGACUAUGGCACCAUGCAGACCAACAUGUUCAACCCUCCCAUCACCGCCCAGUUCAUCCGCAUCUACCCGGUGAUGUGCCGCCGCGCCUGCACGCUGCGCUUCGAGCUCAUCGGCUGCGAGAUGAAUGUGUAUUUCAACACGGCAGGUUGCUCGGAGCCUCUGGGCAUGAAAUCCCGCCUCAUCUCCGACCAGCAGAUCACAGCCUCCAGCGUCUUCAAGACCUGGGGCAUCGAUGCCUUUACCUGGCACCCCCAUUACGCUCGCUUGGACAUGACAGGCAAGACCAACGCCUGGACAGCACUCAGCAACAAUCAGUCCGAGUGGCUGCAGAUCGACCUCCGGGACCGGAAGAAGGUGACGGGCAUCAUCACGCAAGGAGCCCGUGACUUUGGGCACAUCCAGUAUGUGGCAGCCUACAAGGUGGCUUACAGUGACAAUGGCACAUCGUGGACCCUGUACAAGGAAGGACAGACAAACAGCACCAAGAUCUUCCAUGGUAACAGUGACAACUACUCGCACAAGAAGAACGUGUUUGAUGUGCCCUUCUACGCCCGCUUCAUCCGCAUCCUGCCCGUGGCCUGGCACAACCGCAUCACCCUGCGCGUGGAGCUGCUGGGCUGUGAUGAGUAGGCAUGUGGGGAGGAAGGACAGGGCUGCACCUGCCCACCACCCAAGCCUGCACCCUGCCCACCUCUGCCCGCACCUGCUCCCACCUCACACCCCUCUCUCCAUGUCCCCAAACUCGGCAGGCGGCCAGGAGGGCUCCCCUGCCCUCGUUGGCGCUGGGGCCACAGCACUGCACUUUACAGGGCUCUAAAGGUGGGAUGUGGGGACAGCUCCUGCUCUUUCACCCCACUAGCCAGAUGGGAGGCCCCCUUGUGUGACCGGGACUGGACUGAGGGACCUUCUGCAACUGGGACUUUGUUGGAGGACCCCCAUCACGGAACCAGGGCUUGACUGUAUCCUCCCAGUUAAGCCUGGAGACACAUUUGCUCCUCCUUUUCGCUUCUGCUUCCAGCAGAGAGGCUGCAGCCAGCGGCAGUCCCCUGCCUGCACUGGGGCUUGGGGCUCAGCAGCUUUGGGGGGCUUAGGGCAAGCACCCUGGGCUUGCAGGCUCCAGCAUCCCUCCUGCUCCCUGCAUGGCUGCAAACAGGGGCUCUGAAAAACCCACUUGGCUGUUGUCCCCUGCCCGUUGUGCCAUGCCCUGGGUCUCCUUGCCUGCGGUGUCAGCGCUGCAUAGUGUGAGGGGAGUGAUGAGACGGCUCCUGUCAAGAGGCAUCAGGUCCCUAUUGCCCGUGGCUCUGCCCGCUGGGUGUGUUUUUGCAGUCAUUGCCCAUUCCCCUUCCUGGGACCAUGCGGCUCCAGCACCUGCCAAGUCUCAGCAUCGCCCCUGUCUCCAGUUAGGGGUGCCUGGAGGUCCCUUGUCCCCAGAGCUGAGCGGUGAGCGGGGAGGCCGCAAUCUGGUGGUGGGGCAGAGGUGGUUUGUAGCCACAAAGGUGCGGAGGAAGGAUGGGCAGGGUGGUGGUUAAACCAUCACAGAGCGCUGUGCCAUGACCCUUUGUGUACCCUGACUUCUUUCCCUUUCCAUGGGGUGGAGGGGAGCCUCUUGCAAUGCUCGAGCCCUCGGGAUUAGCAGUAGGAGAUGAGCGAGGCCCAGCACUGGCAUCAGGGUGUCCUUCCCUGGUGAUGCUUCCCUUUCCUGCUGGGAUGUGAAGUGGCCACGGAGCUGGGCCGGCAGUGGGAUGGCUUUGCCAAGCGCGGAGGGAGCCUGGGUGGGAUAACAGCAGCGGCCCCGCUCUGGGGUGUCUCUGACAGUAUUAAAACCAGCUGAAACUGU